AUGGAGAAGUUGGGGGAGAAGUGCUCGAGGCUACUGGGUAUACCAGGGAACGAGAAAUGGCCCAAUCACAGCCACACCAAUACCAAUUUUCUACCGGCAUUGUUGAUUUUUGGGCCCUUCUUAUGA